AAAGAAUGAACAUGAUCUAUAGAGGAAUUUUUUUUUUUUUUUGAGGGGAAGAUCUAAAUAGAGGAUCUUAACCCAACUUGCCCACUUUCUUUCUACUAUGGGCUCCAUUUAGUGUGUAUGAGUUAAUUUACUAUUUGAGGGAUCCGAUUUAGUUAUUUUAAUAUUGGUAUAUUUGAUUAUAGUUAUUGUAAGUUAUUAGGACUCUUGCCCAUAAAAAAAUGCCCAUCCUUAAUUUUUUUUUUCUUUUUAAAAUAUUUCCAUUCUCAUAAAAAGUGGCAGCCAGUCCACACAUAUCGGAUGAUAAUUGGCUGUAGAAAAUUUGAGACAAGAAAUUAACGCAAGCAUAGAAACUUCUGCUAAUAAUAUCAAAUUGACUAAAUUUUAUGUUACAUUUUUACAUGCACUAAAAUUCCAUAGGUGAUCCGAUGAUUAAGCACACCCUUGUUUUCCACUUUUUAAACAGCUCACUCAAGUUCAAUAUUCAUUGCAUCUUUAACAAUUCACAUCCUAUUCCUCUCAAUAUCAUACAUUCAUCACAAAAGUUAGUUAAAGUUACGUAAUUUUAAUAACAUGGCUGACAGAGCUGAGGUUGAACGUGUUUUCAAGCGCUUUGAUGUGAACGGCGACGGCAAGAUCUCAUUGACAGAGUUUGCUGAUGCUCUCAAAGUGUUGGGAUUAACUUCCCAGGAAGAAGUUCAGCGUAGAAUGUCCGAGAUUGAUAAAGAUGGUGAUGGCUUUAUUACACUUGAAGAGUUGGUUGAGUUUCAAAGUACACAUCCUAACUUGAUGGUCGAUAUCAUGAAGAAACUCUAAGCAAAUUUCACUCUUAUUAUAUUAUUAUCAUUAUUAUAAAUAAACCAUCCUUGUUAAAUUUCUUGUUAAUCAUGGUUUGUGAUUAACUUCGGAAUUGUUAAGGAGUAUUUUUGUACGGGGCUUCCUUUGGUUGUUGUAUAGGAUCUGCCUCUUCCAUCAUUGGACAAUAGAUGACACUUGUUUGUCCAUAUGGUUACUGGCAAAUAAUAUGUACAACUCCUAUUUAAUUUUUU